AUGCAAAACACUCCAAGGGCACCCAAUAACACAACUAUCGGAACAGCAACACCAAUAGCGAUUUUUGCGGAUGUCGACAGCCCGGUCCGAUCACUGCUGUUGUUACUGGAAGGGGUCUCCAACGAGGAUGAGGGUUCGGAAGCGCUGGCUGUCGAGGCACUCUGGGGUAUCGAAGAUGUAUCAAUCGAGUUUGUUCGAGACGAGUCUGUCGUAAUGGGCGCGACAUCUGAAGCACGCACUAUCCGUAUUACACUUGAAACCACCUCCGGUGAAGCGGUCAAGGCCGUCAAGCCGAGGGCAGCAAAUUGCAUGAGUCUCAGCCGCCCCGGCGCCCAGAGUAACCUCACUGGUGCAGGCGACGGUGAAGGACUCUGGACAAUACAGGCCGGGAGAAAAGUAUGA